UUGCCACGGCAGCUAGUGGGAAAGACCUUUAGCCUGCUACUCUUGCUCUCCGCGGCUUCCGCCACCCCAGGCCAGCUUCCAUGGCAGCUGCAGCUGCUUCAUUCAGCAUCCGUCUUAGCCUCCCCAGGUGCCGGCGGCCUGGGCCAAGCCAUCGCCUACAGUUCGGUGAGUGCUUCCCUGCCAAAAAGCUAAUAGUGGAAAGGUUGAGAGAACACAGUACAGGCGGUAAAAUGGGCCCAUUACUCGGCGCUGUUGCAGCCACAGCCUCUCCUCAGUCUUUGAUGGAGUAUUCCCCAGACGCAGAUUUUAUUGAGAGCCAGCCUCUGGUGGUUAAGUACCGAGUGUACACUCUCAAAAAGCUUCAGACCAAAUGUGCCUUCCUAGAGGCCAAGUACCUGAGGGAAUUUCAUUCCAUCGAGAGGAAGUUUGCCGCCAUCUAUGAACCCUUAUUGGAAAAGAGACGGCAGAUCACCAAUGCACUGUAUGAGCCCACGAAAGAGAAGUGUGAGAGAUGAAGUUCAAGGUCGCGGACUAUGAGUAUAAUGAGG